CCGUGACCAAGCCCAAGCGGUGGUCAGCGAGAGCGAGCGGGGAGGCGGCCACCCUCCCGCGGCCGCCAUGCGCGCGCCCGCCAAAGCCACGUACCGUAAGGUGAAACCGUCGGCGCCGAUCGCUAUGUACAGGAUCCGCCCUGAGCGACCGGAGCGCGGGUCAAGCCGACUCACAACCAGGACGAAAGUCUACAGAGGGACACCUCUGUGCGCCCGCACCAUACCGCCCCGCACCUCUGUGCGACGGUCACAGCCCGAAACCCCCGGCUUCGGCGGGGGGCUAGUAGGGAUUUAGGAUGGAAGGCUGCGAAGUGCGUCUAGUGCAUGAAUCUGAGAACACUAAUCCGUGACAGAUACAAGGAUGGCCACACAGAGUGACACACAAUGCGCAAGCACUAUACACGAACGACACACACCAGCCGACCGUGUGCCACCUCUGUGGCACGGCUAGCUAGGGACUGCGUAGCCACCUGUUCGCACAGUUUACAAGCACGGCGAUAGAGAUCUAAACUGAUGCAGCGACACCAUACUUGCUUGCCUUCAAAAUCAGGCUAGCUGCAGCGAACCUAUACACUAGAUGGAAUGCGAAUGAUGUCUCACCUGUUGCAACACCCAUCGAAUGCACAUGCUCUACUGAUGCUUUUGGUCUUAUUAAUUUCCAAAUGAGUAUUUUGGUUUUGCUUUGGACCUCCGUUGGCUCUAUUUGCAAAAAACGGAAUGAUGUUGCAAGCUAUUUGCCUCCCUGCCUGCACCUGCUCGAGUGAAUGACUGUUGAUGGUUCUGACUUUAGACUUGUCUGUCUUACUUGUGUUUUCGCUCUCAUUUGGAAUGCUAUCAGUGCCCUCUCGUGUGCUUAUAGACUUUCUGGCCUCUACACCAGGCCAUCGCGAUUCUGCGGGGCAUGAAAGACCCCAGUCUGUUUAUCAAAAGGAAAAAUCCCCCCUCCCCAUAUCAAAGCGGGAUACUUCUGAAAAUUUGUGAUGCUGAUUUGAGACCUCAAAUCGUCUCUGUAUUGCAAGAAGGCCAAGAGACGAAGCUGCGGCCUGAAUUGCAGGGAAUCUGUCAUGCUGUUUCCCACUUCCUGUUGCCUCCUGUCAUCCUGGAGCUGCAAGGCUUUCCCACGCUAGGCAGCACUACAGUCCGCAUCUUUUGCCUUCUAGCAUCACAAAGCUGAUUUGUGACCACAAAUCUGCAUCACAGAUUUCCGUUUUGAUAUGGGGAGGGGGCAUUUUUCACUGUAAUACUGUUGCAGAAGGGGGGCAGCGGCGCUGCGCGGGUGGAAAAACUGAUGUCCCGGGCGGGGGCGGCCCUGCAACAUCGGGGGAAUUGAGGUGAUAAAGAUUGAAGGUCAAGGUUUUAAUAUCGUUUUCGUUUGCAGCGUUGGCGCAGCCACAAGGGGAUCACGAAAAGCGCUGCGCUUGUAUGAUUUCUUGUCCGCAGCGAUGGUCGUUGGUGUGUUAUUUUUUCCGGACAGUAUACCAGAAGUUGAAGUUCAAGUCUAUGAGUUGCGAUAGCCGUAGCGCUAUUUCUCAAUGGCAAAUAAAGUGAAG